UGAAAGUAAAAGAACAGUAUAUCGGUUAAAUUCCACCUAUUUGGGCUCACAUCGAAGCUUGGCCGGUUCCACGCUACGAACCAAAUUUACCAGUAUUAAGAAAAAUAAAUACGAAAACUGUGCGGAUACACAACAAUGGAUGUAAGUGCGUUUUCUGGUGAAGAUUUCGAUGUCAGCGAUUGGAUCAAUACGUCGUACGACCGGUCACAAAGGACAGCCUCUGGGUCCACCGGUAAGGAAGCAUUCGUUUCGUCGCUCGUCUCCAAGAUGCAACUGUACGUUCAGCAGAUUAAUGUUGCUCUCGAGCAAACGGGUGGUCAAGUGUUGAAGAACAUCCCAAAGGUGAUUAGCGAUGCAAGCAUGCUGCAGAUUGAGUCGGGCUUGCUGAAGCAGCGCAUGAAUCAGGUGCAGCGCGAUAUUGCACACCUGCAGACCGAAACCGGCGACUGUAUGGUUAGUCUUGAACGAUUAGACAGCAUCAAACAGCGGCUGCAAAGCUCCAAACAAUGUCUGCAGGAGGCAGAUGGAUGGGGAAAGUUGGCGGGAGAGCUGGAAGACAUGCUGGAGAAGUCCGACAUCGAGGCGUCCAGCGGAAAGCUGCUGUCAUUGCAAAAAUCACUUGCAGCACAGAUAGCGUUGCAUGGCCAUGCGGAACGAGAGAACCAAGUCGAGUAUUUUAAGAACCGUCUUGAAGCUCUCGUAAGUCCCUCAGUAGUGGUAGCACUACGUUCGAUGGAUACUGCAGCCUGUCGCCGUUAUGUUGGUAUUUUCGAAGGAAUCGAUCGGUUAGCACAGUUGAAACAGUACUACCGAACCGUGCUGAAAACCUUCGUGCAGGAACAAUGGGCUAGUGCGAUCGAGGGCAGCGAAAGCGGAGGAUCGGAUGUAUUGAAGGAAUUUUAUGACAAUUUACUGGAGCUGCUAAAGAAUCAUUUGCGCUGGUGCUGCCAGUGUUUCGGUGAUGCCAACGACUGUGUGUUGGCGGUAGCAGAAGCUUUGGAAAACCUCGAGCCGACGCGUGAGAGUAUCGUACGAAGUGCACUCAAGCGGGCCAGUGAUAAGUUCUGGACGUUGACACAAUUUUCCAAAGUGAACGUUUCGAUGGGCGCGCUGAUCGAAGGAUGGGUACACGGCGGACCACAGCACGAUAUUCGAUGUGAGGAUGAGAUCAUCCUCGAUCGCCUGGCCAGUUCGCUGUUUGUGUACUUUGGCAUCUUCUUGAAGGAGUAUCCUACACUGGAAAACGCCCAACUGGAGGCGGCUUUGCAAAGCCUGACGAUUGUUGGUACCGCUCCUGCUGACAGCGUGCACAACCUGGAAAGUGCUAACGCGAAGAUCGUACGUUGGGCCACGGAAGCAAUGACACGCUGCCAAGACAUCACACAAAACUGUGCCCUGCUGUCUACUGGAAGCGUUCUGCAGAGCUACCUUCUGUCCUACCUAGACCAAUACCACAAGGUGCAGAAGCAGCUUGCAGCCAGUCAACCGAGUCAAACGGACUGGAACCUCUUGCAACUGAGUGUGGUUUUGCUACAAUACCUUGGGACAUUCCGACAGGCCGUACAUGAACUCGAACAAACAUUCAUUGAAAACGUCCAAACGAAGCAAUCCCAGAUAAGCGUAAACCCGACACGGGCCCGGUUUGAGUAUCGCUUGCAAACGAAAGGUGAAGUUAACGAAAUGCGUAAGCUAGUUACAACAUUCCAGGCAUCUGGUGACCCUAAUCGUGAAUUUUUCAACGAAUUUCAUCCGCGCAUGAAGCGUACAUGUGAGGAUAUUCACGAUACGAUGCUGCAGAUUGCAUUCUCACCCAUCACAAAACACUUCAAGCAAAUUGAACCCGUCUCUACUAGUUCGGUUGGUACAACGAUCGGGUCGACUGCGAUGGAUGCGUUGCCGGAUUACAGCUAUGCGCCGCAGGAAUAUAUCACACUGAUCAGCCAAUAUUUGCUCACGCUUCCGCAGCACCUCGAACCGCUGCUAUUGUCACCGGCGGGCGUACUAAAAGCUGUGUUAGAAGUGGCCGACCACAGGUACGCUUCGAACCGACCCUGUGCCGAUGUUUUCCUCGCCCUCGUCGUGGAAGAAUCCGAAGCAUUGUACGUUGAACAGAUCGAAAACAUCUGCUCACUGAGUGCAUCUGGGGCGAAACAAUUGGCUACUGAUAUAGAGUACUUUGGCAGCGUGCUGGAAGAGAUGGGCCAAUCUAUGGGAUCUAACCUGCAACAAACGGUAAAGCUUCUGCGAGCGCCAUUGGAAUCCUAUGCGUCAAUAGCAACUGGUUGCGUACCCGAAUUAGUUGCCGCCAUACGCCAAAAGCGUAAUUUAGUAUCCUAUUAAACGACAAAAUGGCGAAAUUUCGAUUAACCACCAUUACAUUAUUUCGAAAUGUGUGCAGA